GGAGGUGGCGCCUUCUCUGGAAAAGAUCCUACCAAGGUUGACCGCUCUGCAGCUUAUGCUGCUCGCUGGGUAGCCAAGUCCUUAGUGAAAGCUGGGAUCUGCCGCCGUUGUCUCGUCCAAGUUUCUUAUGCCAUCGGAAUUGCGGAACCUUUGUCUGUUAUGGUGUUCUCUUUCGGAACAUCUGCUCUCAAUGAGGCUGAGCUUCUCCAGAUUGUCAAUGACAACUUUGACUUGCGACCUGGAAUGAUCAUCAAGCGAUUGGAUUUAAAGAGACCCAUCUAUGAGGUUACUGCGGAGAAUGGUCAUUUCGGAAACCCUUCUUUCCCAUGGGAACAAGCCAAAGAACUGAAGAUUUCCCCCGAACUUGUCGCCAAAUCUAAGCAACCCGCUCGUGCUGAAGUUGCAGGUGCAAUCGCUCACUAA